UUUGUACAUGAUCUCAACUUCCUUCCAACCUUCUCUGCAAGUAGUCUAAACAUAGAUUGAUUUGAGAGUGGGAGGGGCUGGUUAUAAUACUGUCACUUGUUCACUAACUAUAGACUGCAGCAAGCAGGAGAAUCCCAUGGAUACUAUGUCAACCCUUUUCACCGGAGUGAUACUCUCUUCAAUGCUGCUAGGUUUCCAAUGUCUCCAGUUCAAUGUGCUGAAUAGUGGAAAUGUGUAUUACCUCUCUUCUCCUGAAAACACUGGUGAUAAUGGAGAAACGCUUGGUAUUGUGACAUGUACUGAGGAUGGUGGUACUAGUCCUACUGGUCCUGUCACAUAUGUUAUACUACAGCCAGUAUCUGUACCAUUUGUUCUUAAUGGUAAUACUGGAGUUCUUAGUCUUAAAACUGGAGAGAUUCUGGACUACGAACAAAACCAACAGUACAUAUUUGACAUAUCCUGUUUUUAUGAUUCUGAUUCAUCUAUCAGUGCGAGAGCUAGUGUUACGUUUUUAGUUGGACCUGUGAACGAGUUUAUACCUGUUUUUAGUGAUGUCUCUCUUCAAGUUACUAUCUCAGAACUAACCCCAAUUGGCAUGGUCAUAGUAGCAAGAGAUUCUUCUGGUACUAGACAAUACACUGUGAGUGAUGGGGAUAGCGGACCAGAUGGAGAACUAAGAUUCUUACCAAGUUCAGCAAACCCACCAGAACUUGAUCAAGAUUUCAGUUUGAGUAGGAAUGGCUCACUAACUCUAGCUCAAACAAUUGACCUAGACACCGGUAUAAUCCCAGUUAGACGUGUGACGUACCAAAUAAGAGCUUGUGAUGGAGAUCGUGUGAAAGCAGAUUGCCCAUCAAUUUCUAUCGCAUUAUUUAUCAGAUCAGACAAUGAUAAUCCUCCGAUGUUUGAGCAAGAGGAAUAUACUGUUACUGUAUCUGAGGCAACCCCCAUUGGUACUAGUUUGAUCACUGUGGUGUGUACUGAUGCUGACCGCAAUGGUGUGGGAGAAUUUAGUGGCUUUACCGUUGAACAGCCCAAUGCCCCAGUUCACAUACUUAAUAAUGGAUCUAUAUUUCUCAAAGACAGUCUUGAUUUUGAGAACUCUUCUAGUGUUACGGUUUCUUUAGUUUGCUUAGAUAGUGGUGGCUUACAAGAUAUUGCAACAUUAGUGAUCACCGUUAGACCAGAAAACGAUGGUGUCCCCAGCUUCAGCACAACUCUCUUUGAGUGUACAGUGUGUCAACUAGCAAUCGUUAGCGAAGAAAUUUGUGAAGUUCAAGCAAUUGACACUGAUAAUGACAUAAUCACAUACACAUUAUCUGGACUAGGCAGUGAAAACUUUCAGAUCAGACCAGACGGUGUGUUAGUAUUAGUCUUGGCUGCUGAAGAAUCUUUCUUUGAUCUCACGGUCACUGCAAGCGAUGGACUAUUCAAUUCCAGCAUAAAUGUGCGACUUGCUGUCAACGACUGUACUCCCGAGACCAUCUCGGUAACUGCAAGCGAUGGACUAUUCAAUGCCAGCACAACUGUGGGACUUGCUAUCGACUGUUUGCUCUCCCUUCCGGUAACUGCAAGCAAUGGACUAUUCGAUGCCAGCACAACUAUGCGACUUGCUGUCGACUGUUUGCUCUCCAUUCCUGAGAUCAUCAUUGUAGCAGUUUGUGGUGUGGUCUUGAUUUUAAUGGUAAUCAUUGUCACUGUGAUAUGCUCCAUUGGGUGCUACCAUCAGUGGCUCAUUAAGCACCACAAAUUUGAGGAUAGACUCUCUGCAAGAAGUGACAACAUGGCCUCACGCGAUCAAGAGCAGCUAAAUUCAGUCCCACAGCGAGAAACAGUUUUCUCUGCAGAUAAUAAUGGUCACAUACACUUAUAUAUACACUCUGGUACAUGUUUUAUGAUCCUCUUUAUUUCAUAUACAGAUACUAUUAAAGAGGUGUCCAUCGAAAUAAAAAAUAUCCAUUACGUAAGCGCCCAAAGUGGUCAAUCUACCGAAAGAAAAUAUGUUGAAACUGGAGAUGAUCAAGGUUACACCACUGUGAUGUCCAAAAAGCAGAACAAACACUCAAAAAAUAGUGACGGUGAUGGUUUGUCAAUUGAAGAUGAAAAUAUCAAGUACGCAAGUGUGAGUGACUCGCAAAGUCUUUCAACAAACAAUAUCACUUGUGAAGAAGAGAACUCUACUGCAAAUGCUGUCGAUAAUGCCAGCGCCAAUUGCACUGCUCCUAUUGUGGACUUCAGUAACCAUGACUAUGCUACUGUCCUGCCCAAACAUCUGAGGAACUAUCAAUCCUUCGCCACAGAAGAGACCAUUGAUACUGAAACUAACUUGGAAAAUGUGACAGCUAUCUGUUAAGAUAGCAAGAAGGCGCCAAUGCAGUUGAUUCACGAAGAAUUAUUAAAAUAAUUAUGUGAUGAUUGUAGAAGUAGUGUUACAAUGAAUCACCACUAACGGAAUGAAUAAUAAAUUACUUAAGUGUUGUGCUGAGUAUAAUGAUAUAGAAAUGUACUGUUGUCUUGUUAUAGAACUGUGUGUAGCUGUGUUAUGUUUCUUUACAUGAAGUUUGUGUACUUUGA